GGGAAUUCGGCAUUCGAAAGUUCAACACUCCGAUUAUAAGUUUUUGCGAUCCCUUGAUAUAUGUGCCGCCCAAAUGCGUGUAAUACUCUGUAUAUAUGUGACAUCGAUUAGGUGCAGUGUUUCAGCUUCGGCAGCGAGUUGUUUCCGUCGCACGCAAUCUUAGCCGACAUCGUUGUUAUAACCCUUAUUUAGCCAGAAGUGUGCAGUUUCGGCUGCCAUAUCUUGGCCAUUAACCGCUGACAUAUUGGCAUUAAUGAGUGUUUUUUCACCGAGACGGCAUACCUGGCCAACCGUGUAUUUGUCUUGGGCUCAAAAAAUAAAAACAAUUGCAAAUAAGAGAUACGCGAUGCAAGAACCGCGUUAAUUAUUUAUUUGCAAUGUCUGGAAGAUUAAGACAUAUUGAACGAUUAAACAUUUUAAAACUCGCUUAUGAAAUCUCAAGGGUUGGAAUAUGUUUUCUAUUUAAUUCUUUCGAAAUUUAAAAAUUUCUUUUAAUGCACGGUUGUAAACAAGAAUUGGGGAAAAGAAGUGAAAAUACGUGUUAACACUUUUGGCAUCAUUCAGUUGGGGUGCGCCACAUUAAACGGUGGGUCGUUAUAGACGUCAUUCGGCUCAUCUUGAAAAUAUAGUUUCAACCGGUUUCGCUGAGUCCCGUGACCAAAAUUCGAUUUAUUACCAAUCCCAUAGUCAUCGUACCACUCAACCUCAUCUCUAACCCUUUGGCAUCGCGGAUGAGCUGGUUUCCAUGCUCAAGGCUCGGCUCUUCUCUUUGUUUUGGCCGCUUCAAGACUUCGGACUACUUUGCUUAUAUGCAUAAAUUGCAAGCGAAUGUCCGAAUAAAUCGUUUAAAUUUGCUUAUUAAGUGCUAAGAGAUUUCUCUGCUGCAUAUCUGAAGUGGAAUCAAAGUGACUAAUAAAAUAUAUUUAAAGUGUGUUUAACUUUACCCCUUCACAAUGUGAAAAUGCUCCGCGUUAGGGUAUAAAAAGAAAUUAUUUUCGAAUCGCGUACAUAUAAACACGUAACACUCAAUUGUGUCAAAAACGUUAGCACUCCCAAUCGCAUAAUAAGUUGACCGAAAGAAAGCGGCCGAAACAAGAAGACCAAUAAAUGUCCAAUUAUAAGAUUUUUUGUUUGUCUGUGACUUUGAAAGGUUUUGGCCACUUAGCACUCACCGUCGAAACCAUCGAUAAAUAAUGAUAAUUGUCAAUAACGAUGGCCAAAUGAUUACCAACUGAGUGAAAAGAGCCACAGUUCGAUCGAAAUACGUAAACCUUGCGCCCAAGGCAGAGACUAGCAGCAGCCACUUGGGCAAACAGAAAGGUGCAUUAAGUAUACGCCGCGCAUCAAGUAUACGCAGCGAUGUCCAAUGGCAAGGCCGCCACAGCUGGCACAACAGCUGAGAAAAACGGCUCGCUGAACGAUCGGCCAUUGUUUAUGCAAAAUGGCAGCGGCGGACGCAUUGCGACCAGCGAUGUGGAAGUCAGCAACUUCCGACGCGCCCUCCCACAGUUUUUAGCUGUUAGUAUUAAGAACAUAUUGCUAUUCGGAUAUGGCAUGACCUUGGGCUUCCCCACCAUCGUGAUACCCGCCAUUCAGGGCGGCGAGGGACGCAGCGAGACCAGUGGCGAUAUACUUCUCAACAAGGACGAGAUCUCCUGGUUCAGUUCCAUUAACUUGAUAUGUGUGCCACUGGGUUGUCUCUUUUCUGGACUCUUGACGCAGCCACUGGGCAAACGAAGAGCCAUGCAGUUUGUCAACCUGCCGAUUCUGGCCGCCUGGCUGAUGUUUCACUUUGCGACGCGCACGGAGCAUCUGUAUGCGGCUUUAUGCUUGGCUGGUCUCGGUGGCGGAUUAAUGGAGGCGCCGGUGCUCACCUAUGUGGCGGAAAUUACGGAGCCCAAAUACCGCGGAAUACUGUCCGCUUUGGGCACUACGUGUGUCAUCACCGGUGUUUUCAUACAAUUCAUCCUGGGAUCUCUGAUGGACUGGCGGAGUGUGGCGGCGGUGAGCUCGGCCUUUCCGGUGAUCACCAUAAUAAUGCUAUGCUUUGUGCCCGAGAGUCCGGUGUGGCUGAUCCGGGAGCAGCGUUUCCGCGAGGCCGUGAAGUCUCUGCAAUGGCUACGUGGCUGGGUUCCGGAGCACAUGAUCGAGGCGGAGUUCAAUCAGCUCUACGAUGAACUGAUCACCCAGAAGGCCAUCGAACUGUCUGCGGAUGGAAUUCCUCCGCCGGGCCAACGACGAACAUUGGGUCAACGGCUGAGGAUGUGGCGGAAACGCAGCUUCCUGGUGCCAUUCCUCCUGGUUUCGUUUUCCUUUUUCACGGGUCACUUUUCCGGAAAGACCCCACUGCAAACUUAUGCCGUCCAGAUUUUCCACACACUCAAGGCUCCGAUGAACAAGUACCACGCCACCAUUCUUCUGGGAGUGGCUGAGAUGCUGGCCACCAUCUUGGGCGUUGUCCUAAUUCACUUCACCGGAAAGAGACCUCUGGUUCUGGUUUCAACGGUGGGCACCGGUCUGUGCUUCUUUGGCACAGCAACCUAUGCCCAUUUCUUGAGUGAAGUGCCGGGAUUCACCGUCAACAACGUGGUGGUUAACGCCUCCUCGAUUGUGCCCAAGGAGGGCAUUCUUUCUCAGCAAAAUAUAUCCAAGAUCUUCGAGACAGAACAACAGGCCAUCAGGCAGGAGACGGAGCGUUUUACUACCCAACUACCCGACAUGGAAACAACUACAUUCUUCGAUCAGGACAUCUAUAAUCGCAGUCGGAGGGAGGUGGAUGAAAUGAUGACCACCGAUGCACCAAUGGACACAACCAUGUGGCCAGAGCCAUCGAGCAGUGUGGAACCCAUACCAUCUUCAUCGCUGGCACCAGCAUCGACUACCGUAAAGCCACCACUUGUGGAGGAACUUCUGCUGGUGGUGCCGAAACAGGAGCACAACUACCUGGUCUGGGUGCCACUCAUCCUCCUACUGCUCUCCGCCUUCUUCUCGCAUCUGGGUAUACGAAUGUUACCAUGGAUUCUUAUUGGCGAGGUGUUUCCGGCUGAGAUUCGUAAUUCUGCAUCUGGUUUUGCCGGUGGUGUGGGUUAUAUAUUUGGCUUCCUGGCAAACAAACUCUUCCUGCUGAUGCUGAGUGCCCUAACUCUGCCAGGAACCUUCGCUUUUUAUGCCAGUGUGGCAUUCUUUGGAACCGUUGUCCUGUACUUUACGCUUCCAGAGACAGAAGGUCGCACACUGGGUGAAAUCGAAGCUCAUUUUUCCAAGAAAUCCGAUGUGAAUCUGCUCCGCAAGCAGCCCAGCAACAAGUUACCCAUCAAGGAUGAAGCACAAGUACCCGGGAAUACUAUUAAUAUGCAAGGUAACUUCCAAGUGCCCAUCACAUCGCAGCAGCAGGCAAAGAUCAUCCAUUUGCAACAGAGCGACUUUACGCCGCGUUCCCAGAACGGAAGAACAGCAGGAGGAGUUGGGUUGUCCAAUCCUGCCUUCGAGGAGAGCAACACCACACAUUUGUGAGGUGCUGCGAGUGGACUGUGUCAUCACCUAAAUAUUCUUUAAAAGUGCUUAACAUUCCAGUGAUAUUUCUGAGAAAUAAACUUAACAAUUUAGUUUUAUGUA